AUGAGCAGCAAAGAAGACCCGAGCAAGUGCUGCCCGGCCGCUGCUCCCGUCUCCAGUUUCACCAUCCAGUCCAUCCUGGGCAGCGGCGGCACCGACGGCCCCCGGGCGGCCGGCGCCAAGGCUGCGGCUUGGCCCCCCCGCGCCAGGAACCCGUCCCUCUCCUCGGACGAAGAGGAGCCCGACGAGAGCUGGAAACACCGCGGCUGCUUCUGCCCCGAAGCUCACGGCCCCGCCGAAACGUGCCCCAAGCACCGGCCCGUCGGCUUCACCUGCCUCAGCAGCAGCAAGGGGAGCGGAGCGGCGGCGGGCAGCGCGGAGCGGCCGCCUUUCCUCUCGCCCUCGCAGCAGGACUUUAAGGAGGAGAAGGAGAAGCCGCUGGGACCCCCCUCGCCUUCCUGCGGGGACCGGCAGCGCGACGGCGGGGACCGGCAGGCCGGAGCCGCCAAGAAGAAGACGCGCACGGUGUUCAGCCGCAGCCAGGUGUACCAGCUGGAGUCCACCUUCGACAUGAAGCGCUACCUGAGCAGCUCGGAGCGGGCCUGCCUGGCCUCCAGCCUGCAGCUCACCGAGACCCAGGUGAAGACGUGGUUCCAGAACCGCCGCAACAAGUGGAAGCGGCAGCUCUCGGCCGAGCUGGAGGCGGCCAACAUGGCGCACGCCUCGGCUCAGACUCUGGUGGGGAUGCCGCUGGUGUUCAGGGACAAUUCGCUCCUCAGGGUGCCGGUGCCACGCUCCCUCGCCUUCCCUGCGCCCCUCUACUACCCCGGCAGCAACCUCUCGGCCUUACCGCUCUACAACCUCUACAACAAGAUCGAGUACUGA